CCAAGCAUUAAAAACAUUAUCAAACUGGGUUUUUAUUAUUGUCCAAUAAUUCGAUAAAAAAAAAUCUGAACGUCUCUUUUUUUAUUUUUGAAAGUUUCAAUGUCAUAGAUUUGGCUUACCAACCUUGAGUCCUUGAGUACUCUCUUUCUGCAAUAAAGUAAUCCCCUUUCUCUCUCCAGCUAAGUCCUACUUUUCUGAGCAUUAAUUGACGAAAAGGAGCCAUUGCAACAUCUUCAAUUUGUUUGUCAAGUUCAUCCACACCACCAACAGUUGUCAUUUUCAAGUGGGUAUCUUUCAAAUUUUCGAUUCCUGUUCAUAAACAUUUUGUUCGGUUGUUCCCAUUUUCUGUGUUUGGUAAAGGGUUUUCUCCAUUUUAAUCUUGGAAGGUGAAAUUAGGGUUCACAAUUUUUGUUCUUGACAUUCUAUUGUUGUGGGAUUGUGUUCUUUUGGUUGGCUAAUUGAAUUGAAGUUUUUGGGUUGCAAUUGAUUUUUGGUGCAUUUUUGGGAUUUUGUUUUCUGGGUUCAUAUGAAUGACAAGGGAAACUGCAGUCUGAAGGAUUAAAUUGUUGUAUGUGCUAAUUGCAAUUACGAAAUUGGUGUUUUGUUUCAAGGGUUUUAGUUCAUUGUUUGAAAUAGAUGGAGUUUGUUUGAUUGAGAUUAUGGGAUUUGUGAAAAUUGUAUGCCAUAGCACCUGGACACAAAAAAUUGGAGCAAAAGUGAUUGUUAGUGUUGUGGAAUUUGGGUAGCAGAUUGUGUGUUUGAAGGGACAUGCAAAUGGAUUUGUGGGUUGUGGCGGCAGCUACUGGUGCCGGAUACUUAGCUAAGUACUGGAAGAAUGCUUUAGGGGAUAAAGAAGGCUCAUCAGGAAAUCCUUCUGGAAGCUCACUUCCUGAUAAUCCUGAAUCGCCGUCGUUGCGUGGCCGCAAAUUCGCACGAAAAGAAACAACAGGACAAUGUUUUAGUGAAUCUGGAAAGGGUAACCAUUUAGAUGGAAUGUUUACAGAAACAUCUGGUAGGGAUGAUCAUUUUGCUAAUGAUGUGGCUUGUACUGAUACAUUUGAUCAUGAGAAACAAGUUGGCAAAUUUGAGGAAUACAGGGAUAGGUAUAGGUUAGAUGCUGACAUUCCUGAUAUACCUGAAUACCAGCAUUGGGAAAUGGGGGUUUCACCUAGCUCUAGAAGAAGCAGGAAAUGCUUGAGAAGUAGACGUCUUCAACGGCUUCCUUUGCAAUAUAUUAACCCUCGUACUUCUCUAGAUAGUUGCCUUAUGGCUCAGAUGCAAAUAGAACGUGCAGAAAUGGAGGAGUAUCUUCGUACUCCCCUUUCUUCACCUUGUGCUCCUGCUUUGAGACCUUUUGUUGUCAGUGAUGGAAGACGAGUAAUUAGUAGACCAAGUGGUGAUUUUAGAAAUGAGCUGCAGAAGGAAGUAUACACAAAAGAAGGUGAUGAUGUAGUUGGGGUUCCUCAUCUGCCACAAAUCAUUAAAACUGGCUACUCAAAACAGAAGCUUAGCAAAGUCAAAGAUCAAAUUGGAAAAUCGAGCUAUUCUGAUAAAUGCACGAGAGAUGGAUCCUCAAGUGGGCAAGCCCUUUUCUGUUUUGGGAUUUCAGUCGGUGUAAUGUGCACACUGAUAGCUAACAAAAUGGAAGUGCAAAAUCUGAAAGAGAGCUUGAAGCAAAGUGAAAACCUGGUUGAAGAUCUUCAGGAAGAGCUAGAGAUGAAAGAUUCACUAACAGUUAAAGAGCUAGUCAAUGAUGAUGACUCACAGGACAUACUUGAAAGUUUGUGUGGACAUGAGAAAAUGAGUUUGUACUCUAACCCAGAUGAUACAGGUGUGCCGAUAAGUCAUGCUGAUGAAGACUCAGUGAGUCUGGAGAAAACUGAGUCAAUGAGUAAAAUUGAAGCAGAGCUUGAAGCUGAAUUGGAAAGACUGGAGCUAAGCAUGUCCGGAUCAACUUUGCGAGGAAGAUCAUCAGAUGCUAUUGAGUUUUAUCAGGAUUUUGAGCAGGAUAUGGCUUCAGAAUUGGUGCAUGGCGAACUAAAUGCUGAUAUUCUCCAAGGAAAAUCUAGCUCAGAACCUACCCCUGAUCGAGGCUCAACCCCUCAAUCAAUGAAAGAGGGUGUCUCACCUCGUGAACUGAGCUUGCGCUUACAUGAGGUCAUUCAAUCAAGAUUACAAGAACGGAUCAUGGACCUUGAAGCUGAACUUGAAGAAAGCCAGAAAAAGAUACAACACUUGGAAUCAGAGAAGAACUCAUGGAAAGAAGCUUCUCAAAGUGAGUCGUCCUCUACACUGGGCAGUCCUGUAGGACAGCCUCUUGUAAUGAAUUUGUCAGGGGAUGCACUUGAUGCCUAUAAUGAAGCUUUUGGGGAACUUAACAAGCUUAAUGGAUCCCAAAAUGGGGAUUCCUGGAUUGAGAUCGACCAUAAGCUAAACGGCGUCCAAAAUGGUGGAAAUAAAAUACCAACAAAUGAAGAUAACCCAAAUAACUAUGUCAAUAGAGAAGAUGGUGAUGGUGAUGAUGAUUUGCUACUAAUACAACAGAUUGUUGAGAAAGCCAGGCAAGGCUCUCCAGCUAUUUUACGAGCACAGAGAUCUAUGGUAUGGUUGAAUAUUGAUGGGAAUUAGAGACAGGGGAAUGUAAUUUUUUUGAGUACAUUGUAAAAAAAAAAAGUCACAUUUUUGUCUUAUAGAAUAGUAAAUUCAUUUGA